AUGGGACACGGAGACUGGACGGGGGAAAUAGAACCAAGGAAGAAGGCACGAAGGAGACGAGGUAUCCGUGGUACCUACCUUACUCCGUGGGCCGCAGUUGCGCAGGUAAGUACCCCCAUUGUCGAAAAUCCGGUGGCAGGUACAUACCCUUGCACGCCAAUUCUGCCGAGAGCCGCACGUACCCUCUCCGUGCUCGUUCCCUCCAGCCCAAGGUCCGAAUACCUGCCUUCUACCUGCGUUCGGGUGGCCUUCCAUCCCCUCUCCCACACGGCAUUACAUAAGGCAUCUUCCAUUAAUUAUGCUGGACGAUACGGGCAGCAACCCGACACAGCAAGCCUUCUUUUUCGGUGCCAACUUGCUGAUUCGUAUGCCGGCUCCAGUAACCAAACUGGUCUGUGGCCUCAGCCCGCCAGCGGCCAGCAUCCUGAGCUCCCGUACUUCCGCGCUUGUCGCAGAUGCCAUGCCCUGGUCGCUUCAGCUCACAUCACCUCACCUCUCACGUCACCCCAGAUAAAGAAAUACCGGCACAGAAAGCGAGCCAAGUACGACAUCACAAAGGCACAGCUUUACCCAAAUCCUCUUUACCAAGGCAUACCGGCAUACCGACACCAAGCUACAUAG